AUGUCACCAGUCUCUGAAAACACUGAAUCUGCUAUUAACAAGUCCGUAGCUCAAUUGGCAAAUUUAAGAAUUGCCGGUUAUAAAAGUUUCCAAAUCGGGAAAUCUACCAAUUGGGUAGACCAUUUACCACAAUCCACUAAAGAUAGAUUUGCCAAAUACAAUAUCGAUUUGUCUGACGGAUAUCCUAUUGUACCAAAGAAUGAAGUCAUUCCAAAGUUUGUUAAUGAUGCUUAUAAAGUUAGAAACGAGGAAUACCCAUAUAUCGAAAGAGGUAAGAAUGCUGACCCUGAAAAGAAAGCUUUAUUCGGUGCUGCUAAAGAAGUCAUCCAUUUAACUAAACACAUAGGUACAGAAAUUGUUGGAUUACAAUUAUCUGAUUUGAAUGAUAAACAAAAGGAUGAAUUGGCUUUACUUAUAGCUGAAAGAGUUGUUGUUUUCUUUAGAAAUCAAGAUUUAUCUCCCCAAAAACAAUUGGAUUUAGGUAAGUACUGGGGACAAAUCGAAAUCCACCCACAAGUUCCAAGAGUUCCUGGCGAUACCGAUGGAAAUGAUUUGGAUGGUAUUACUACUAUAUGGCAAGAUUAUGUUAUUGCUAACUUUGGUCUCAAUUUAUCCUUCAAAAAUAGUAUUGGUGGUAACUCCCAAUGGCAUACUGAUUUAGUUCAUGAAAAACAACCUGCCGGUAUUACUCAUUUACAUCUUGAUGCUAUUCCAACCGUUGGAGGUGAUACUCUAUGGGCAUCAGGUUAUGGAGCUUAUGAUAAAUUAUCUCCAGCUUUACAACAAUUUUUAGAUGGUAAAACUGCAAUCUAUAAAUCAGCUCAUAAUUAUAUUGAUGGAGAAAAUCCUUUGAAUGGUCCAAAAUACAUUGAACGUGAACAUCCAAUUAUUAGAACUCAUCCAGCUACUGGUUGGAAAGCUUUAUUUGUCAACAGAGCCAUGACUGUUAGAAUCGUUGGUUUAUUACCAAGAGAAUCUGAUAUCUUAUUAGAAUAUCUCUUCUCCAUAUUCGAAAGAAACUUGGAUAUUCAAGUCAGAUUCAAUUGGAAGAGUGAACCUGGUAAAGGAACAAGUGCUUUAUGGGAUAAUAGAAUCAGUCAACAUAAUGCUGUUUGGGAUCAUGAAGGUUUAGAAAACAGACAUGGUACGAGAGUUACAUCAUUAGCUGAAAUUCCUUUCUUCGAUGAAAAUUCAAAAUCCCAAAGGGAAGCUUUAGGUCUUGAUCUCAAUUAG